AUUCGCAACUUUUUUUCUCUGUUUGGGGGGGGGGAGGGGGCUUUAAAAUAUAACGAUAUUAUAUUGUAUCAUACGUUUGAAUAAUAGAUGCAGAUACCACGUUUGAAUAAUAGAUGCAGAUACCGCAAAAAUGGUAGCGUUAAUAAAAGAAAUCAGUACUUUUGAUAAGACUAAAAUAUACCUUUUUUAGUGAAAGGUCAUGGCAGUCGCCUUAUCAGUGAAAUAUUAAAAGAAAUGUUUUUAAGAAAAGAACAUUCAUGCUUCAAGUCGAUAAGUAGAUCUAUUACGUGGAUAUAACAUGCGUCCAGUCUUACCCGGUGUCCAUUAGACGUUGUUCUUCUGCCCGUGAUAAGACACAUACGGAGUCUCAGCAGAGGGCGAUGCCGUCAACAUUUCUCAACUUGAUACUCCUGGCCGGGCUGGUAGUGCAGAGCUCCUGCGUUGCUCCGACGUUGCUGGGAAAAUUCUCUUACCCACAUGCCGCAUUCAGCACCCUGUACCAGCAAGGGACCUCCUCCAGAUAUGACCUCCUGCUCUCCAGCUUUGGGAUAUUCAGCUCCAACGUUGCCGUUGUCUCAGAUGUGGGCCAAUACUUACAAAGAGUGUCCAGUAUUAACACCAAGACUUUGACGCAAAACGUCAAGUGGCCCAAUGAAGUAACUGGCGUGCCUCCGGCCGUGUUGAAAUCAUCAACUCGCUAUAUGGCAAUCCCUGACGGCUUUUUGGUGCCUGGGAAGACUUACGGUAGCGUAAGUCUCAUCAAUGUGGAUGGCAGUCAGUCUAGCCCGAAGACAAUCACCGGAGGAGGCAACUGGUUCUACCAUCGGGUACGUUGGGUGGACAUGGACAAAGAUGGCCGACUGGACGGACUCACGGCUCGUGCCCAUAAGCCAUUCAUUGGUAGUGCCCAAGGUCAACUCCUGUGGCUGAGCAACCCCGCUGGCCACUCCAUCGACUCACCAUGGACAGAGAAUGUGAUCGCUUCGGGCCCGGAUACUUUCUUCGAGUUUAGCACUCUGACGGCUGGAGGCAAGUCGUAUGAAGUUAUUCUCACAUCUGAAUUUUUCGACCAAAAGUUGAGAAUAUUCUGGACGGAGGAUCCCCAGCAGAACUGGAAAAACACGCAAUACGGCUAG